GAGCUAUGGGAUUGGACCAGUCUGGGUCUGCCCCUGUUUCUCAUGAUAAGGGAGGCAGGGCCGUGCUCCUGGUCUGCAAACAGCUGAACACUUUGCCGGAGAGAGGACUGACUGAGCAUAAUACAGCACAGAGCCACUGUGGGAGAGAGAAAGAGAGAGACACACUGAGGGACAACAGUGCAGCCAAGGAGACCACAGAAACACUCUUCCCCCAAAUCCCCAACUCUGCACAGAGAGAGGGGCAAGAAAGAAGCAGCAGACAAACAAAAGCAUUCUUGGCUUUCAGUUAAAAAAAAAAAAAAAAAAAAAACAAUACGUGGGGCGAGAUCAUUUACCCCGAGAUACAAAUUCAAGGAGAAAGGCGUGACAGCGCGGCAUCAGCCUCGGCUUUAGCAUCGGAACAGCAUCUCCUGCCACAAAGCGAGAGGGAUUGGAGCGCUUCGCUGCAUGAAGGAUAAAUCUGUCUGGGAGAAGUAACAAGCAGAAACAGGAUGAGAGCGAUCACGUGGCUGCUUCUUACACUCAGCUUCCUACUUCACAGUGUCUCUGUUGUUACCGCACAGGAAAAUACUACUACUACUACACAAUCAUCGGCAACGUCUAAUGUCACAAUCACAAAUGUCACAGCCGGCACGCAAGCUAGUACAGGCACAAGCACAACUGUACCUCCAACAUCACAUUCUCAGGAUACAAUUCCUACUACUAGAAAGGAUACAGCACAAACAACUAUCAGCCCAUCAAGCAAGGCAGGAGGUAUCAACUCCCAACAUCCAACAACCAGCCCACUGGCUACGAGUGUGAAAGGUACCACAACUAGUGCAACGACUGUGUCCACAACUGGUCCAGUAAAUGAUUCUGCAAAAAUUGAUCCCAUCGUAGGAGGUAAAACGAACACAUCUGGGGAAAGCCUAACAAGCAUCACCCCCUCUCCCAAGUCCGAGACACCAUCUACUCCUGCAGUCACCGCCACUAUCACAGUCAUCCCCUCAACCACCAUAUCCCCCACCACCACAGCCACCAUCCCAACAGCCGCCACCACCAACAGCCCCGCUGCCAGCGGCUCUGCUUCGAGUGGCCCCGCCACCAAUGGCCCCACCACCAAUGGCCCCGUUGCCAUUGGCCCCACCGCCGAUGGCCCCACCACCAAAGGCACUGCUGCCAAAGGCACCGCCGCCAAAGGCACCGCUGCCAAUGACCCCGCCACCAACAGCCCCACCACCAACAGGCCCGCCACCAACAGCCGCGCUGCCACCACUGCCAACGGCAACACCAAUGGCUCCACCACCACUUCCCCCAGCACACCGCGGCAGAAAACUUUUUUCGAAAAAGAUGAAAAGGAUGAUAUGGCAAAACUGUGCAAGAAGCUGGCAUCAGGCUUGGAAACCUUUAACUGCACGAUGACGUUCACCGUAAUCAACAACAAAACGCAGUUUCACAAAGUGGUGAUAAAUGGCACAGUAAAAAAUGGAACUGCAACGAAGAUUUAUGAUGAAAUACUUGAGUCCCAGAAAUCACCCGACAACAAAACCCUGAUAGCCAUCCUGGCCUCCUGCGGAGCCCUGCUCAUCAUGAUCGUCAUUCUCGCCGUCUGUGCCACCCACCACCGCAAGCCAUACAACGAGAACCAGCAACACCUGACGGAGGAGCUGCACACGGUGGAGAACGGCUAUCACGACAACCCGACGCUGGAGGUGAUGGAGGUGCAGCCCGAGAUGCAGGAGAAGAAGAUGGCGCUGAACGGGGAGUUCAACGACAGCUGGAUCGUCCCCAUCGACAACCUGCUGAAGGAGGACAUCCCGGACGAGGAGGACACCCACCUGUGAGGACGAGCCAGGGCAGAAAAGAAGACGGAGGAGGGAAGAAAAAAAGAAAAAGGUGCACCAGGACCAGCCACGCCACAAACGAGCAAAAGAAUCUCUGCUCUCAUCUCCCUGACCCUGUGACCAAACAAGUCCCAUAGAAAUACAUCCGAUAGAACAACCAAGAUGUUACGUGAUUGAUUGAUGCGUUUCUGCUGCAGUUUGGAACAGAAAUAGAAUCGGUCUGUGGCCAUGUGGAAGCAUGUUGAAUGAUAAAUCGGCCCAAUCAGUCAACACUGUGUUAAUACUGUUGCGCUUUUAUACAAAUAUUUGAUGUACUUGACUUCCUAUAGAGCACAAUUCAAGCUUUUAACAUCAUUUAGAGCACAUGUGUAAUUGUAAGAUCUCAUUAAGUGCCUUCACCUUUAAUAAGCUGUACACAGGCACCUGUAAAUAUUGUAUUUUUAUAUAUUUUCUUGCAAACGAGGAAGGAGCGAGGAGGAGGAGGAGGAGGAGGAGCAGAGGUGAUGGCAACUUUAGCCACCUUGGCCCCUUUAGAGUUACUAGCUUAGAUGACCUCAGGAUGCUUUAAAGCACUCUGGUGAUUUUCCUUUUUUUGUUUGUUUUUUGUUUUUUUCACGUCAGAGGGAGCGGCCAUGCCAGUGCUGUAAAGGCUGGUACAACUUACUUUAAUCAUAAAAGACCUGCCCAUAAAGAGGCUGCUUUGGACACAUGGGUCAAGGAAUUAGACAGUUGAGUAGUUUUAAUCCAAAGUCACACAUGUAAGAUGUGAGGUGUAUGGAAAGUCAGAAGGGUAGAUCUCAGGUGGAUGUUGUGAUUAAUACAGGAGUCAAGAGCGAAACUUGGAAGAAAUAUCCCUCCGAAUUCUUAAAAAAAAAAAAAAAAAAAAAAAAAUUAUUGACAUUAUGAAAGCCCAAAUUUUGAAAUUUGGGAUGCAUGACUCAAAGGGGGCACCCUCAUUGCUAGCAUAUGAGACAUGAGUAUUACAGCUUUCAAAUUGUACACGGGCACAUGCGCAUUAUUACCCCACACUGGGACAGCUAGAGAUGUCCUGUUAACAGUAUUAUGUACUCUUUUAUAAGUCUUUGGGCAGCAGCAGUUUUUUUUCUUCAUUGUAGUACCGCAAGUGACCCAUGGGGGGACAAGUCCUGGCACCAUAUGAGCCCUUUAAUACAGCCGUGCUUUAAAAGUAACAAACUCAGGAGAUUCUUUAGCCCGGAAGCCAGACCAACUUUCCCCGCCCACAAUUUGCUUUGUCUGAAAUGGCACCGUUGGAAACCAAUUAUGCUCCUGCAAUCAAAUCGUUCAUACACUGUAACCUGUAAGCUUGACAUUUUGGGAAACUUACCUGUUCAUGUGUUUAACCCCGUUGGACUGUACAAAACAAUCAUUUGUGAUCAGAGUGACGUGGGAAAUAUCCUUUAACAAAUUAACCACAACCGACAUUUUGUACAGGUCGCUACACUUUCGCUAGAACCAGGUGCAAAGCAGGCUUUUUUCCCCCCGUAAAUAGAAAAGAUGUCAACUCCUCAAUCAACGCUAAUACUGGACUGAUGCCGAUUUUGUGCCAUGAUGUAAAUAGCAUUGUUUGUUUGUUUUUGUUUGUUCCACUGUUGCUGUUGGGGGAUGGAGGCUAUCUCACAGUUUAAACACUGGACAUGGGAGAUUCUCAACACUUAUAAUUCUGUUUUGGUCUAAUACUCGUCUUCCAUUUACACCAAUUAAUUUAAUAUAUAUAUAUUUACUUUCAUAUAUUCAUAAGUGAAUCCAUCACCUCGGGCACUCCACUUCAGCUGUUUUUAUUUCCGUUUGUGUGUGUGUGUAUCACUUUGUUUUUUUGUCCACCAAAGUGUGUUACCAGUAUUUUAUGUAUUUAUUGUGUUCGUUUGCUACUAGGCAAACAACAGGGGUCUGACACACUGGAAACUGUAAAUUGCAUAUGGCCUUGGCCGUCAUGUUGCUGUACCCGUUCACAUUUGCAAAUAAAGGAAGCAAUUUCCA